CGCCAACCUCCUGCUUCCCAGUCCGCGCUCCGUCUGCUCCCUUGUCGCCAUGAUCAACUACAUGCUGCUCGUCUCCCGCCAAGGGAAGGUCCGCCUCUCGAAGUGGUUCACUACCAUGUCGCAGAAGGCGAAGGCGAAGAUCGUCAAGGAUGUCACGCAGCUCGUCCUCGCGCGCCGCACGCGCAUGUGCAACUUCCUCGAGUACAAGGACACGAAGGUCGUGUACCGGCGAUACGCGUCGCUGUUUUUCGUGUGCGGAAUCAGCCAGAGCGACAACGAGCUCAUCACGCUGGAGAUCAUCCACCGCUAUGUCGAGGUGCUCGACCGGUAUUUUGGGAAUGUGUGCGAGCUCGACCUGAUCUUCAAUUUCCAGAAGGCGUACGCAAUUCUCGACGAGCUUAUCAUCGCAGGAGAACUGCAAGAGUCAUCCAAGAAGUCUGUGCUACGGGUGGUCACGCAAGCAGACAGCAUCGAAGAGCAAGAGAACAGCGAAGAUACCAUGGCGCGACUGGGCAGCCUCGGCUCACGAGGUCCAUGAGCCGUCCUUUCUCCUCUCUUCUGUACAUGUACGAUCGUAUGUACAAGCACUUUCCCGUGCCUACUCCACGAAUUAUUCAUCGGGAUAUCAUUGGUUUCUUUGCAUAAAACCCGC